AUGCAACGUGACUCGUUUCGUCCGCCAUUGAAUCAUACGCAAUCUACUGUGACACCUCAACCCUCGUAUGGCGCGUCGACCCAAUUAUUCAGACGAUUAGUAUGGGAAGGGACGAUUCCACUCGAGAUAAAGAUUGAUAGCAAAGAACUACCGGCGGGCAGUGACCGUAAUUUGGAGAGCUAUUAUAUCCAAGCCCCCCGAAUCUCCUACCUUCCACUGUUGCUACCCGACAUACGCAAGCACCUCACAGAUCUUGUAUUAGACGAACAUGCUUCUAAAGCGCUAAAAGAAGAAGAUAUGUGGUUCGAGGAGGCCGAAACAAAACAACCUAUGAGAUGGCACUGGUCUCUCGGAUUGCUUUACGAUCAUUGCCAGGGCGCGCGGUCACUGGCUGCCCAUCGCGACCCUCAAUCUUCUACUGACCUUACUUGGACAACAGGACCGAAGCCUCGCGCCGUACCACUGAAGUUGAUACUGCAUCUCGCUAGUGCGCCAACGGAAAAGCUGUUGCUCGGGCCAGGUGUAGACGCCUGCAAAGCAGCUUUCAUGGGUCAGUUGAAAGAAGGCGACUUUGUGCGAUGGGGGAACACCAAGCGGGUCACCGCACUACGCAAGGCGGAUCAAGACGGAAUUUGGGACGGAGUUAAGGACCAUAACUUCGAUGAUUUCUGGAAAAUUGCUGGAAAGAUAUUCCCUACAACGUCAGCUCCUAGUGCUCAAUCGGCUCCGAUACCGCAUCAUUCGAGCACAUCACUUCACAGACCAUCUUCUACUGGCGCGGAGCCAUCUGAACAAAACGCGGCGCAUGCAGUUCGUUCUAUUCCUAUGCGAAUCAUCCUUCCUGAUGGACCUGUGUUGCAAGAUCAGGUUCCUCCGACAAGCCCCAAUGGCGGGCCGAUGACCCUCGGAGAACAUCUUCGUACAAUUAUGCCUUAUCUGUUUGGAAAGGACGAAGCGAAUAGGAGCUCGAACUGGGAUCUUGAACCCCCAGUACUCUUCACUACUACAACCAGCGGUUCCUCCUCUACUCAGCUCUUUUAUAAACUCAGCUCUUACUACUCUAAUCAAAUGGAUUCCACUGCUGCCUAUACCUACUCCUUCACCUCUGUUCCCGAGGUCGAGCAACCAGUUGACCAAGAGCUCUCCAGCAGGAACGGGUCGGGCUCAUACUGCGUCAUUGCAUAA